GUAUUGAGUCAUACAUUGAAAGUGUGGAGCCUUGAACUUGUACCAAUUAGUUCAGAAGAAAGCCAUGCUUCAAAGAAGAUUCCAGAGGCAGUAGCAGAGGUAGAGGUGACCAAGUAUCCUGAAGCAGAGGCAGAGGCGACCAAGUGUCUUGAAGCAGAAGCAGAAGUGACCAAGUGUUCUGGAGCGAAGACAGAGGCAACCAAAUGUUUAGAAACAGGAACGACCAGAUUACUGGGACAAAGGCAUCUUGAGAUACGAGAACCUCAAUGGCGUAAAACUAUAGAUCCAG